UUCAUGUGUUGUACGUCGUGUCCGGUGGAGGUCACAGUCAUUGGAGCAGAGUGAGGUUGUUGCUGACAUGGCCAAGCUGUUUGAGUCCAUUGGAAAGUUGGGGCUCGCCCUCGCCAUCGGUGGAGGUGUUGUGAACUCCGCCCUCUUUAAUGUUGAUGCAGGGCAUCAGGCUGUAAUAUUUGACAGAUUCCGUGGUGUACAGGAUGUAGUCGUUGGUGAAGGCACUCACUUCCUCAUUCCUUGGGUUCAGAAGCCCAUCAUCUUUGAUUGUCGAUCCCGUCCACGCAAUGUGCCUGUCAUCACUGGCAGCAAAGAUCUGCAGAAUGUUAACAUCACACUGCGUAUCCUCUUCCGGCCGGUGACGACCCAGCUGCCCCGUAUCUUCACCAGUAUUGGUGAAGAUUACGAUGAGAGGGUGCUACCGUCCAUCACCACAGAGGUCUUAAAGGCUGUUGUCGCUCGGUUUGAUGCAGGGGAGCUCAUCACUCAGAGAGAACUUGUGUCUCGGCAGGUCAGUGAGGACCUUACGGAAAGGGCUUCCACCUUCGGGCUCAUCUUGGAUGACGUAUCACUGACACACUUGACCUUUGGUAAGGAAUUCACAGAGGCUGUUGAGAUGAAGCAGGUGGCCCAGCAGGAGGCUGAGAGAGCCCGUUUUGUUGUAGAAAAGGCCGAGCAACAGAAGCAGGCUACCAUCAUUUCAGCAGAGGGAGAUUCUCAGGCCGCCUUGCUCAUUGCCAACUCCCUGAUGGAUGCCGGUGAUGGUUUGGUGGAGCUUCGUAAGCUGGAGGCCGCAGAAGAUAUCGCCUUUCAGCUCUCACGCUCCCGCAAUGUCACUUACCUGCCGGCAGGACAGGGCACGUUGCUGCAGCUGCCUCAGUGAUAGCAUCCUACUCCCACUUUCCCCAGCUGUGACAUGGGCCAUGGAGGGGCUGGCAUAAAGAUUCAGCUGAUGGUUCUUGCAUCUUCACUUGCAUUCCUCCCACUCUUUCUCAAACUGCCACUGGACUGGGCCUUGCUGUUUGCAGCAUGGUGGGGGAUAGAGUGAGAGGUCUGUGAAUACAUUUAUAGGGUCCACUCUUGUGUAUGGAAGUUUAGGGGAGAAUUACUCCAUCUUCGAUGAUCUAAACAUAUAGUACUUUGAGAAAGAUCACUAGUGCAGUUAAUUUGAAUUGCAGCUAUGUCACAGAAUGGGAGCAAUGCAUGUGUGGAAAGCAACAUUUUAGCAUAAAGAAAACUGUGAUGUUGUUGUGCUGGAAGGUUUAUUUGUGAUCUCAAACAAAAGGCUCCCUGAUGGUUUCAUUCUUUCACUUUGGUUGGGUUGUUUUUCCACAAAUAUUGCCAUCUUGUAUGAAUUAGGAUGUACCUAUCGAAAAUUAAAGUGUAUGCUCUGUCUUUAGUUUUCAUUGGCAUUGUAAGGAAAGCCCCAUGACUCAGAAAUGACUUAAGUUAAUAAAGAUGUCUUUCUACUUCCCAA